AUGGGUGUGGACGAAGAGAGUGGGAGAGGCAAAGGGGAAGAGGUAGUUGUGAUCCAUGAAGAGGAGAAGAUUGAAGAAGCAACAAAGGAAGAGAAGGAGGAGCUUUUGCAGCAAGAAGACGGCAAAAAGACUAGUAAGAAGAGAGUGGCCACGCUUGAUGCCUUUAGAGGCCUCACCAUUGUCGUGAUGAUAUUAGUGGACGAUGCCGGGGGUGCAUAUGAGCAAAUUUUGGAUCACUCUCCAUGGAACGGUUGCCGAUUGGCCGACUUUGUGAUGCCAUUCUUCCUCUUCAUUGUGGGUGUUGCCAUUGCCCUUGCCCUCAAGAAAAUCCCCAAGGUUGGAGAUGCAGUUAAAAAGGUCAUUUUAAGGACACUGAAACUCCUCUUCUGGGGUAUAAUUUUGCAAGGAGGAUAUUCUCAUGCGCCUGACGACUUGUCGUAUGGAGUAGAUAUGAAACAUAUAAGAUGGUGUGGAAUCCUCCAGAGAAUAGCUUUGGUGUACCUUGUUGUAGCCAUGAUUGAGAUUGCGACCACCAAGAUAAGGCCAACUAUGUUGGGCUCUAGUCCUCUAUCUAUAUUCAAUGCGUAUCGGUGGCAAUGGUUUGGGGGAUUCAUAGCCUUUCUUAUUUACAUCAUCACAACAUAUAGUCUUUAUGUUCCGGAUUGGAGCUAUGUGUUACAUCAUCAGAAUAAUGAGAAUAAUGAGAAGAUAUUUACUGUAAAAUGUGGUAUGAGAGCCCACCUUGGACCAGCUUGUAAUGCUGUCGGUCAUGUGGACCGGCAAGUAUGGGGCAUAAACCAUCUGUAUUCGCAACCUGUGUGGCAAAGAUUAAAGGCAUGUACAACAAGUUCACCAAAGUCAGGCCCGCUUCGCAAAGAUGCUGCUAGCUGGUGUCUGGCCCCAUAUGAACCUGAAGGGCUGUUGAGUUCCAUUUCAGCUAUCCUCUCAGGCACCAUUGGGAUCCAUUACGGGCAUGUUUUGAUCCAUUUUAAGAGUCACCUAGAGAGGCUAAAGCAUUGGUUAUCCAUGGGAAUCACAUUGUUUAUUAUUGGCAUUAUACUUCAUUUCACAGAUGCUAUGCCUCUCAACAAACAACUCUAUAGCAUCAGUUAUGUUUGCUUCACAGCAGGUGCUGCAGGAAUUCUCUUCUCAGUACUCUACAUGUUGAUUGAUGUAUGGAGAGCUAGGAUUGUUUUUAUGUUCCUCGAGUGGAUCGGGAUGAAUGCCAUGCUCAUCUUUGUAUUGGGAGCUCAAGGAAUCUUCCCAGCAUUCGUUAAUGGGUGGUAUUAUGAGGAUCCUGAGAAUACACUGGUCAAUUGGAUUCAAAAACACGUGUUCGUCGAUGUUUGGAACUCGGAAAAUUUGGGGACGCUUCUCUAUGUGAUAUUUGCAGAGAUUGUGUUUUGGGGUGUAGUGGCAGGAAUCUUGCAUAAAUUGCGCAUCUAUUGGAAGCUCUAACCAUUCAAAUCCAAUUCCUAAAUUACAACCUCACUGUGUUUGGUUGGCUUUUGUGAUGGAGACUUAGUUUCUAAGUCUUUGCUUUAAUGAUGCUGUUUGAUUAAGAUUUGAACUUGGUUAAUGGUUGUAUCCUGGGUGGGGA